UCCAAGAUUUAAGUUUCAGUUCCUAAAGCCCUAAACCCUACCAGUCCUGUCCUUCACCCACCUAAUCGACUGUUCCCCUUCGCAGAUCAGCUCGAGUUCGGCCCGGCGGAAGUUUAGGCGGCAGCACCGUGGUAGAACCAAUUGCAAAGGCUAUAUGGCAGGGAGCAGAGCAAAGGAUGCCACUUCUGAUGCUUUGACUUCAAAGCUUGAAUCGAAGAUAUACUACCACAGAGAGGCUGUUGUGGAGUAUGUGCAAAUCAAGGCUAUGGUUGACACAGUUAUAGAAGAUAAAAGGAAGCUCCUGGAUGAGAACACAGAAUUCCUGAGUACUAUUGAUAAGGUUUUAGAAGAAAAAGAGAUUCUCCAGAAGGACAAUGAAGUGAUCAAGGAGCUGGUAGAACCGAUGGAGGAGGAGCUUGAAAUAGUGAAGGAUGAGCUUGAAGAAGAAAAGCUUGAACAUGUGGCAGCAAAGAAGGAGCUUGCCACGGCAAAAGAGCAACUUGCUCAGCAGAGCAAAGAGAUGAAGGCUCUUAGGAAGAAGCUUCAGGAGAGUGAAGCCAUGCACGCCCAGCUUGAGUCUCCUAGGCCUGGAAUGGUGACAAGAUUCUCACAUAAACGGGCUGUGCUGCUCCAAGGAUCACCUGCCAAUGAUGCUAACAGAGAUCGCCUUAAAAAACAGAGAUCCUAUCCGCAGCCACCAAAUAACCCAAUUGCUGGCCAGCAUGCAAGCAGAGAUAACGACCUGGAGGUGGUCAGACAAAAGAUGAUCAAGGUUUUAUCAUACAUCCCUGAACUGGGGUUCACUGAAAUUGAUGCUGGGUGGUCUGUUGGGCUAAAGGAAAUGGGGAAGUUAAAUGAGAAGCCAUUCCAGGAUGCUUGUGCUGACAAGCUUUCUCCAAAACAUUCUGGCGCAAAAGCUUCUGAACUGUACAGCCUAUGGCAGGAAGUACUCAAUAGCCCAAACUGGAAUCCCUUCAAGUCUGUCAUAGUUGAUGGCAAUUGCCAGGAGGAGGUCAUAGAUGUUGAUGAUGAUAAGCUGAAAGGACUGAAGAUGGCAUGGGGAGAAGGCCCCUACAAUUCUGUCAUCAGUGCAUUGGUGGAGAGGAAAGAAUACAACACUGAUGGAACAGGUGGUGUCUUCGAUGUUUGGAACUACAAGGAAGGGAGGAAGGCCACUCUUGGGGAGUGUGUUGACGGUAUCUUUGACCAUGUGAAGAAACUCAAGCGGUACCAAGUGACAUACAGUUUCUCGCGCAGGUCGAGGCAAACGACGUGUGCUGAAAGUGACCCAGUGAAGGAUCUGACGGUUGCAAUGAAGGAAGGAAGCCCUGAGAUGUUUAACUGUAGCAAGCAUGGAAGGAAGUCAUGAGAUGUCCUAGUCAACACUAGCAAGCAUGGAAGGAUGGCAUGAUCUUAGCGAGCCGUCUAUCCUGUGCGAUAACCUUGAUAAUGCAUCUUUUUUUUGGAGCAGCCAUUUCAUGCAUAUUAGUAGAACUGUGGUGUAUAAAUAUGUCCUAACUUGAUUUCAGACUUCUGACAAGAACUAUGUGAUGGCUUUGGUUCUUAUUCAAUGUUCUUAUGUUCCCCUUCUC